AGCUGACAAGUUUUCUGAGAAGAGACCAUUUUGUACUUAGAGGAAGCACUUGCUCUCUUGGAUAUUCUUGCAUCAUAACUCAGAAAUAAAAAGCAAAACGGUUUAACAAAAGAUCUGUACGUUUCUUAGGCAAGUGGAUUAUUGAAUUUGCUGCAAGUAGCCACAGGCAGGAAAUCUAUGGCUGCCUGUUUCAUUAAUACUACUGGCAUGAAAAUUCUGUAACUGCUUAGGAAAAAAGAGCUGAAAUGGAUUUACAAAACAUUCCCUAUCGCUCAGUGGUGGUCGCUUGGAGCCCAGAUGACCUGGCAGACUACUUCAAAAAAUUAAAGUAUAAAGACUGUGAAAAAGUCGUCAGAAAACACAGCAUAAGUGGACAAAGGUUUUUGAACAUGUCUGAAAAUGAUAUUCAGAAAUUUCCCAAACUGAGUGUGCCAAUUCUGAGUAAGUUAAGUCAAGAAAUCAAUAGGAACGAAGGAAGAAGUUUCUUCCCAAAACGGACCCAGACGCAGAAGUUUGCUGACAAUACAGGAUACGGUCAAGAAGAGGAAGAAGGCUGGUCUUCAUUUGAAGAAGAUGAUGAUUAUGAAAGCCCAGAUGAGGAACAGGAACAAGACGCCGACUAUGAAUCACCAACUGAUGAACCAGGACAUGACAGUGAUGAUUAUGAACCUCCUCCGUCCAACAAUGACGUAGCACCCCAUAAUGUCAUAUUUCCUGCCAAGUCAAUUCCAAGCAACACUGAGUACAUAGAUAGACCUACAACUACUAGACCAUCUCCCCAGCCUCCUAUUCCACCACAGCGACCUGGCCCAUCCCCUGUACCAGCAUCAUAUGUGGGUAGAGGCACUCCUAUGCCACCUUACCCUCCUCCAUCAAGCAAUAAUGAUGUGAAUAGAGAGAAAAGUGCCAAGCCGUUAAAACCCCCAGCUCCUUCUAUAGACAGACGUACAAAACCCCCACUGGAUCGUCCUGGGCCGCCGUUUGAAAGAGACAGCCCAGCCGCAGCGAAGCGGGCAGUGUUUCCUGACAAGCUCAUGGCACCACAACUAAGAUCUCUUGGAGAACAAUUAGCAAAGAUACAGAAGCCUCCCAUACCACCGGCUGAUAAACAUGAAAGAGGCAAUCCAGUCCCUGGAAGGAAGCCACCACCCAUAAAGCAAAGUUGGGCACCAGAAAGAAAAUAUGAUGAAGAGGAUGAGUCAAUCCCCCAGAGACCAGCAGCACAGCUAUCUUUGCCUCCCUUCAACUCAAACACAUUUCCUUCAAGGUCUGUCAAGCCACCACCUAAACACAGUCCUUCAGGAUCCAACAGUAUGCCUGGAUCAUAUGCAGAAAGUACUACCAGCCUUUCUUCAAGCGGAUCAUUACCAUCACGCUUUCAGCUAGGUAACAUCAAUAGAACUCCUUCAAAAGGCCCAGCAGAUGGCAGACCUCCAUUACCAAUUCCUAACAGGCAGAUUGUGCAGCCACCAAGCAUGGAUGAAGAUGAGUUUCAAGAUUCACUGAAUGCAGAAUGGUAUGUUGGAGACAUCAGCCGGCAGGAAGCAGAAGCAGCUCUUAGGAAUAUAAAUAAGGAUGGGACAUUCUUGGUGAGAGACAGCUCAAGAAAAACUAAUACACAUCCAUACGUACUGAUGGUAUUAUACAAAGAUAAAGUAUAUAAUAUUCAGAUUCGUUACCAGGAGCAAAAUCAAGUUUACUUGUUAGGAACUGGCCUGAAAGGAAAAGAGGAUUUUUCUUCAGUGGCAGAUAUUAUUGAUUACUUUCAAAGAACGCCCCUUCUGCUGAUUGAUGGAAAAGACCGAGGUUCAAGAAACCAAUGCAAGUUAACAUAUGCUGCAGGAUCUACUUAGAAGAAAGCUUAAUGUCUGUGAUCGACGGUCUACAAGAGUAUACAAACCUCAUGAUAUUUCCAUUUGUAUUCAGUGAAAUGAAAUUAUGAAUUACAUUUUUUUCUUUUAAUGAGAAAAUAUAAUUCUCUCAUUUUAAAGUGUGUUUUUAAAAAACAGAUUUGCAAAAUACUUUCUACAAUGUAUUUAUUACUCUCCAUUGUUCAUACACUGCAUGAAAACUCUUCAUGUGAAUGAUGUCAUUCUCCAACAUCCAUCUCGCAUGUGAAGUGUUCUCCAUUCCAUAUUAUAGGAUUAUAUGUGGUUUACAUAGCAAAGAAUUACAUUGCUUUCUUAUAAAGCAAAACUGUGCAAACUAUUGUUCAUGUCAAGUUUAUGGUACCAAUUACAUUAAGCUGCAAACUGAAAUCAAUUAAUAUCUGUAUAAUGCUUGUACAGUACAGAGUAAAUUCUAGUGACUGUUAUCCGUACUGAAAGAUUGUAUUGUUUAUUUUGAUAUAUUUUAUGUAAGUUGAUAGAAAAUUGGAAAAACCUUGUGUAAAUUGAGUUAAUAAAAAUGCCAUAUGUCACAGUCCACUUUUCAGUAG